AUGGAUGAAGUGAAUCAAUGUUCUAUUUCAAAUUGGUAUUAUUUAUAUGAUGGAAAGACAAAUCCACAAAUUACACCAAAGAGAAUUACAAUUCUUUCGAAAUUAAUUUAUUUAAAUGAUGAUUUUAUUGAAUAUUUGAAACAUGAUGGUGUGGUGUUACCGGAAUCGAUUGAUAACAUUCAAAAAGUUCCAAAUUUUGACAGUGACAGCGAUGAAGAGGAGGAGAAGUAUAAGGAAGUACAAGAAAAGAAUGAACAAGAUUCGGAUGAGGAUGAUUAUCAAGUUCCUGAAUUUACGUCUUUACAAAUGGAAAUUGCAAGUGCAAUUGAGGAGUAUGAAGAAGUUUUCCCUAAAAUGAAUUGGAGCGCACCAAAAGAUGCUCAAUGGAUGCUCAGUGAUUCCAAAUUACUGAGAUGUCAAACAGUUUCUGAUGUUUUCCUCGUUUUGAAGAGUUCUUCUUUCGUUACACAUGACGUUCAGCAAGCUUACAACAAUUGCACUGAUUACACCCCUGAAAAGGAGGUCAGAAGAGUAUUGGCUUUGAGAAAAUGGUAUGAUGUUAAUCCUUCCAUGGAAUUCAGAUGUUUUGUAAAGAAUAGAAAUUUGAUUGGUAUUUCACAGAGAGAUAUUUCAAACUUUUACAGCUUCUUGGUUUCAGACAAGGAUAUGUAUAGAGAAAAAUUAGUUGGAUUUUGGGAAAAGUUUAUCAAGAAUUCAUUCCCACUUGAGAAUUAUACUGUUGAUUUAUAUAUUAGUAGAACUGGACCAGUUUUCAUUGUCGAUUUCAAUGUUUAUGGCCCUCCAACUAGUCCACUUUUAUUUGCCUCUUUCAAGAAGGGUCAUUUGGCUUCUGAUUCUACUGAAUUAGAAUUUAGAAUUAUUGAAACAGAUGCAGGUGUAAUGAGACCUAGUUUCAAGAUGUACACUGGUGUUCCAAUGGAUUUCUUCUCUGUCGAAAAUGCUCAAUCCAUGCAAGACUUUAUUGAAAAGCAACAAAAGUUCCAAUCAAACGAAUAA